AUGACGACCGAGGAGAUAGUCCCAGGAGACGUUGAAGACGGUGACUCUGCUUAUGGCGAUGACCUAUCGACUUGGACACAAUCGCUUCGCUCAUCUGUGCUCGCUGGCGUCAAAGAGCAUGGUCGCCAAUAUCACAGCUAUCAAUCAAGCACGAAUUACUUCAUGCCGGAAGACCAGGACGAGCAAGAACGACUCGAGCUACAACACCACGCUUUUCUUCUGACGCUGAAUAAUGAACUCCAGGCUGCGCCAAUAGAUCCUAAAGACAUUAAAGAAGUCUUGGACCUAGGAACCGGCCCAGGCCAUUGGGCAAUCGACUUUGCCGACGCCCACCCGAGCGCCAAUGUGACCGGUACAGACCUAAGCGCUGUCCAGCCGACCCUGACGCCUCCGAACUGUCGCUUCAUUGUCGACGACUUCACCAAAGAGUGGCUGCAUCCGCAGAAGUUCAGCUUUAUCCACGGCCGGAUGUUGAACUUGAGCUUCGAUGAGCCACCCGGCUUCUUCAAAAAGGCCUUUGACGCGUUAGAGCCCGGCGGGUGGUUUGAGAUGCUAGACACGACUCUUCCGAUAGAGAGCGAUGACGGUACAAUCCCUGAGGACAGCGCUGUGCAGCAAUGGUGUACCGCCAUGGCUAAGGCCAUGAAAACCGUUGGUAAGGACUGGGACUGGUCGAAGCACUACGGGGAAUAUAUGGAGCAGGUCGGCUUCACGAAUGUCAGACAAACAACAAUGAAAUGGCCCAUGAACGGCUGGCCGAAGGACGCGAAAUACAAGAUGCUUGGCAAAAUCACAUAUGUGAACGUGCUUGCGGGCCUUGAGGCGUUUUCCUACCGACCUUUGAUGAAUUUCCUUGGCUGGUCGAAGGACGAGGUGGACAUACUUUUAGCACGAGCGCGGAAGGAAGCCAAGGACCAUACUAUUCAUGCGUACUAUCCACUGGUUGUUGCAUACGGGCAGAAGCCCAAGGUCUGA